AUGGUUUCUGCCAAGUAUCUCCUCGGUCUUGCUCUUGCUGGUCUUGCAGCUGCAACUCUCGACCCGGCAUCGUCUAACACCAAGGGAAAAUGCCCUGGGAAGGUCAACUGCGAUCCGGCCAAAACAUCGACUGCCAUUCAGGCUGCUGAAUGUUCCCACAAUACCAGAACAUCGGAAACCCAAACAUUUGCUGUCUUCGUGACUGACCACCAGUACGAUUCAUCUCACGGCGCUCCGUACGGAACCUGCAAGGCCUAUACUUGCACUGCCCCUACAGACAGUGAGAUGACCGACAGCGACGACGAUUGCUGGACUUUCUUCUGGAAUGACAAUGGCGAAUCCUCCGGCUAUGGAACCAGCUGCAUCAAGAGCCCUGACGACGGAACCUGUGGCUGCGAGAACUCGGAUGGAACCUUUGUCGCUGGAAGCAGCAGCUGCUCUUAA